AUGCUACGUGAUAUGGUUACUGUAAAUGAAUUAACAAAUUGGAAUAUAAAAGAAGCAUCAAUCGAAGCAAAAUAUCGAGCAUUAAAAUGUCAUAUAGAAACGAUAACAAAUAAUACACAUGAAUAUGCAAAGAUUAGUAAUAUGAUUUCUUCAUCAACGAAUCCAAAUGAACUAGUAAUUAUUCAUCACAUAUAUAGUAUAGCUAAACAAACAGAUAUACUUAAUUUUCGUUCAACACUUUUUAAUCAAAAACAACUUUUUCAUGGAUCAAAAUAUAUUAAUUUUCUUGUUGUUGAUGAUUUAGAAAUUGAACGUACUGAUAUUGGAUGCUUAGGAUAUGGACUUUAUUUUUCUGAUUCAGCUUCAACAUCAUUAAAAUAUACAACACCAAGUAUAACACGUCCUGGUCGACGGUUAUUAUGUAUUUGUCAAGUAGCAUUAGGAAACUCAGCAAAAUUCUAUUCAUAUGCACCAAAUUUAAUUCAACCAUCUGAGAAUUUUCAUAGUUCACAUGGUGAUGAUGAAUAUGUUAAUUAUAAUCUUGAUCAACAACGAUUACUCUAUAUUGUUGAACUUUCAUGGCUACCACAUGAUAAGAUGGGUCAAUCACCAAUAUUAUUACCUAUUAUUCGUGAUCCUUUAAUAAAUCAAUCAAAAUCGUUGUCAAAUGAAGUUAAAGAAAAAGAUCAAACUAAACGUGAAUAUCAUGAAGCUAUUGAACAAGGUCAUGAUGCUUAG